AUGGGUCAGCGCGGAUCACGGAAAGUGAGACCUUUAGAAAUGCCGGUUCAAGGUGCGGUGGUCGAGUUCAAUCAGCGACCCGCACGUGAAUCCGGCAGCGACACGGCCGGGAAAAAUCCCGCCGCUUUCACUGCGAAAAAAAAGAGGGGCAGGCGAAAGAUCACCAUCGUCUGGAAGUGGCGAAGAGCUGGCAGAGUUUAUGUGGUGGAGAGCAGUUCUAGACCGGGUGAGACGGCUGACCAGGGUUGUGAGAGUUCACCUGAGGUCAAGCCUGAAGAUCAGAAUUCUCUAGAGCAAAUCACUGUAGAGGGCUUUGAUCAUCAGGACACUGCUCCUCACAGUGACCCUGUGGAAGCCACGGCAAAGGAACUUCCUGCCGCUCACCCUGAGGUCCCUCCCACUCCAGACCACCAGGACGUCCACAACGGUCCAGCUUGUCGUGCAGCUGGGAGUCCUCUGACAGGACAGCUGGACAGUAAAACUGUGGACACGAGUCCUACGGACAUUUUUAGUCAAUAUCAUGUUGGCAAAAAGCUGGGACAAGGAGGGUUUGGAGCCGUCUACGAAGGGGUUCGCCUUAAGGAUGGCUUGAAGGUGGCUGUGAAACUGGUCAGGAAGUUUUAUGAGGAGUACAUCAGCAUACCUGAUCAUCCUGAACCCCUUCCCACAGAAGUGGCUCUGACCAUCCUGGCCAACAGGGGCCCCAGAUGCACCAAUAUAAUUCAGCUGCUGGACUGGGAGGAGCAGGCUGGAUUUUACAUCAUGGUGCUUGAGCGUCCCUCACCCUGUGAGGAUUUGUUCGACUAUGUGCAGCGCCACAGCGGCAGACUGCAUGAAGGGCUAGCACGGUCUGUCAUGAGGCAGGCCGUGCUAGCUGCUGAUAUAUGCUGUCGCCGUGGAGUUCUGCACCGGGACAUCAAGCUCGAGAACCUCAUUGUCAACAGCAACACCCUGGAGGUGAAGCUGAUUGACUUUGGAUGCGGGGACCUCCUUAGGAAGAGUGCCUACAUGACAUUCAUUGGCACACAACGGUACUGCCCUCCUGAAUAUUCAGCGAAGGGCAAGUACAAUGGCAAGCCAGCGACUGUCUGGUCAUUGGGAAUGCUCCUCUUCCAGAUGGUAUGUGGGCAUUAUCCACAUGGCAUUGACUUGCACAUGAUGGAUGCCAAGUGCUGGUCAAAGGCUUGCUUGUCAAGAGAAUGCAGCCAUUUGAUUCAGGCUCUCCUGCAGAGUGAGCCAAAGCGGCGGAUGGAUCUGGAGAAGAUACUUCGCCAUGACUGGUUUAAGGUCACCGCAUAAGUUGUGGCAAAUCAGAGAAAAGAGCUCCCUGUCUCUGCUGCCCCCUCUUUUCUCUUUAUGUCAGCUUUGCAUCUGGCAGGCUGACAUGCUUGGCUUCUUCAUCCCUCAAGUUUUUGCGUCUGGCGAGGCUGGCAAGCCCUGGUUGCGUCUGGCACCUUGGAGUAGGGAUGUGCAUAUAGUGUAUAUAGUUUGUUUGCUUGCAAAUGUAUGGGACUGCACCAUUCCUUCCUCUCUCCACCACAAGGCCACUCCCUGACAUUCCCAAAGCCGCCAAAGAGAUUCCUACCAUGGCCACCCAGACCUCCCUGUCAUUUUUGCCCUAAAGGCUCCUGUCACAGCCGUCCAGAGGUUUCUGCCACGGGCACCCAGAUGUUUCUGCGACAGGCGCACAGAGGUUCCUGCUAUGGCCGCCCAGAGCUCCCUGUCAUUGCUGCCCUUAAGGCUCCUGUCACAACCGUCCAGAGGUUUCUGCCACAGGCACCCAGAGGUUUCUGCCACAGGCGCACAGAGGUUCCGGCCACAGGCGCAGAGAGGUUCCUGGUAUGGCCGCCCAGAGCUCCCUCUCAUGGCUGCCUUUGAUGUUUCUGUAAAAGCUGUUCGGUUGUAUCUGUCACAACUGCCCAGAUGUUUCUGUCAGCCACCAAGAGGCUCCUGCUACGGCUACACAGAGGUUCUUGCUACGGCCACCCAGACACUCCUGUCAUGACUGCUUCAAAGGUUCUUUAAGGCUGACCCUCAUGUUCUUAUGAUGGCCGCCCAGAGGUUUUUGCUAUGGCUGCACAAAACUCUCUGUCAUGGCUUCCCUUGAGGUUUCCUGUAAAAGUUACCCAGCUGUUUCUGUAUAACUUUGAAAGGUUUUUAUAUUGGCCGUCCCAGAGGUUCCUAUUAUAACCACCCCAAAUGUUCCUGUUAGGCUGACCCAUAAGCUCUUACCCCAGAGGUUCCUUCAAGGCAAUCACAGAGGUUACUGCUAUGGCUGCACAAAGCUCCAUGUAAUGAGGUUUCCUGUAAAAGCUGCCAAGUGGUUUCUGUUAAAACAUUGUAUGUUUUUUUAAUGGCCAUCCCAGAGGUUCCUAUGAAGGCCACUCCUGAGGUUUCUGUCACAGCCGCCAAGAGGCUCCUGCUAUGACAGCUCGGAAGUUUCUUGUAAUGGCCUAUGGCCAAUAGGUUCUUAUCAAGGCCAGCCCAGAAGUUCCUGCUCUAACUGCCCAGUGGAUUCUGUAAAGACCUUUUAUGUUUUUAUUAUGGCCGCCCCAGAGGUUCCUGCCACAGCUGCACCAAAGCUUCCUGUCAUGGUUGCCACAGAGCAAACUGUCAUCUCUACACAAAUGUUCCUUUCAUGGCCAAGAGUUUCCUCCCAUUGCUGCACUAAAGUUUUCUGUGAUGGCUGCCCAAGAGGUUACUGUUUCAGCCACCCAGAGAGUCUUGUCAUGGCCAACACAUAGGUUCCUUUCAUAGCUGCCCCAAAGGUUCCUGUAAGGCUGACCCAUAGGUUCUUAUCAUGGCCUCCCCAGAGGUUCAUUUAAAGGCCUUCUCAGAAGUUCCUGCUAUGGCUACACAAAGCUCCAUGUCAUGACUGCCCUUGAGGUUCCUGUAAAACUGCCCAGUAGUUUCUGUAAAAAAGCCUCAUAGUUUUUUAUCAUGGACGGCCCAGAACGCCUCACUGUAAACAUGACACAUUAGCAAAACGAAAACGGCCAUAUUCUGAUUACAAAAGGGAAUAUCGAUGUGCAUGUAAAUGUAGACAUUGUCUUCCAUCUUGUGUAAUAUAGUGUUAGUUUUUAAUGCCCCUGCCAAGUACCUUUUGUUUUACACAACUGAAAUAUAGCUUAGUAACUAACUAUAGAUAGUUGCUAUCUGAUUUCAUGUUUACUAAUGUUUAUAGAAAGUGUUAAUGCAGUUGGUUCAUAAUACAUUUUAAAUGAAUUAUCAGAUUUAUCAAAACAUCCCAUGAUUAAUCCGAAAUGAAUCAGAUUAGAUUACCUAAAAUUGUACUCUAAAAAAUUACAUUGCUGAUUAGAAUUUAAAUCAUCUAAUUUGUAAUCAGUUCUGGAUUAUAUUUUAGAAGUAAUUUAUUCUACACCGUUUACACUUGUUUAAAUAUUACAAAAAGAUGAUGAUGAUGAUGAUGAUUUUUUUUUUUUUAGGAGAAUACAAAAUAUUCUAAUUUAAGUUUAUUUUGAACUAGGUCUUUGAAAAACAAAACAAAAAACUACUGCAAGUUGUUUUGUGCAACUAGCAGUCUCCAUUUACUGUAUUACAUCAUGUGAAGUUGUCUUCAUGAGCAUAGAAUGUAUUUAUGCUGCGAGUAAAAUAUGGCGAUAUGUAUAUUUUUUUUUCAACAAAAAGCUGUCCUAUGUAAAUUAUAUUUUUAAUUAUUUUAAGUAUAUUUUGACUAUAUAUUUUGAUCACAAUAAUAAAAUUCAAUCAUGGCUCU